AUUCUAAAUACACAAAUAAUAUAUUUUACAAGCUCUUUCUUCGUUUAAGCUUGCGUACCCAAUCACAAUUCACAACUAUAUAUUAAUCUAUAGUUAGGCACCAUUAAUUUCUACCCUAAAAGCUUUUUAAACAUGACCCCAUUACUCUCCUUCUAAUCAACCUCUCCCUCCUCCGCCGCCUCUACGACCGCCGUGACCACCACUAUACUUUAUUAUACCCACCGUCCUAUCAUAUUCUUGAUUUAAGAUCUUACCAUUCCCAUAUAUAUAUUUAUAUAAAGGUACCUAACAUACCAAAAUUUAUCCUACUUGGUAGACAUUUUUGUCUCUGUCGAACCGUAAGGAAAUGUAUCUUCCAUUUCGACCCGUAUCGAAAACCCAUUCUUCCUCUUCUUCUUCUUCGACUAUCGCGACGCGUAUGAUAAACUGCAUACUACUUUUCGCAUUCAUUUUCUUGGUCUACCUUUUCAUCUCGGCCUCGAGGCUUCACUCUAAAAACCUUAUUCAUGCCUGCUACUCAUCAUCUUCGGAUCAAGAUCAAUCUAAGAGCCUAAUUACAAAAAUCGACCACGUCGUCUUUGGGAUAGGCUCAAGCACGAACUCGUGGCCUGCGCGUCGAGAAUACGUUAAGCUUUGGUGGGAUGCUCAGAAAAUGAGAGGCUGCGUCUUCGUUGACCGUCCCUUGCCGUCUUCGGAGAACCACACAGAUUCUUCUGAUCUCCUUCCUCCGGUUUGUAUUUCCCAAGAUACUUCUCGGUUCAGGUAUACUUGGAGUGGCGGUGAUAGAAACGCGAUCCGAAUUGCGCGGUGCGUUCUAGAAACCGUCACGCUCUUCAACGCUUCUUCGGAAGAGGUAAGAUGGUACGUGUUUGGAGACGACGAUACAAUAUUCAUCCCAGAAAACCUCGCUCGAACGCUGUCCAAAUACGACCACACGUCUUGGCAUUACAUAGGAUCGAGCUCGGAGAUUUAUGAACAGAACUCUGUUUUCGGACACAACAUGGCUUUUGGCGGUGGAGGGUUCGCCUUAAGCAGCUCCUUGGCUAAUGUUUUAGCUAGAAACUUUGAUUCUUGUAUCGAACGGUAUCCACAUUUGUACGGAGGAGACUCUAGGGUUCAUGUUUGUGUCCUUGAGCUUGGAGUUGAAUUGUCUCGUGAGCCUGGCUUCCAUCAGCAGUUUGAUGUGAGGGGAAAUGCAUUGGGAAUAUUGACAUCACAUUCAACGAGACCGUUGGUGUCACUACACCACAUGGCUCACAUUGACCCAAUCUUUCCAAACUCAACCACUUUCUCCGCCGUCCGCCACCUCUUCUCCGCCGUGGAACUCGACCCUCUCCGUAUAUUUCAACUCUCCGUUUGCUAUGACCGUUGGUACUCUUGGACCAUCUCCGUCUCCUGGGGCUAUACUGUUCAGAUUGAUAGUCGGCAUUUGUUACUAACGGAUGCUUUGCGGACACAAGAGACGUUCCAACCAUGGCAAAACUCAGGCGGAUUGGCAAGUGUUUACACAUUCAACACAAGAGAGAUUCAUCCUGAUCCUUGCCAAAGACCUGUCACUUUCUACAUGCAACAUGUCUCUUCUAGUCCCCAUAACGGGACCAUUAUUAGUGUUUACAAGCAAGCUUAUGAGAAUUGCACCUACGAUCCCAUUACAUCCCCUCGCAAAAUCAAAGAGAUUAGAGUGUUUUCAAAUAGACUCGAUCUCGAUAUCAGACAAUUGAAGGCUCCGAGAAGGCAGUGUUGUGAUAUAUUACCUACUUCUUCCACUGGUGGCAAGAUUAUGGAAAUUGGACUGCGAGAGUGCAAAGAGGAUGAGCUCAUCUUUAUGCAUCCCUAAUUUCACCGUUAACCAAAUUAAUACAUACUUUUUCGAUAUUACCAAUCCCAAAACCAACAAAUUAGUUUUAGUUAUUUUGUAUACAACUUUACACAAUAAAUAUGUUGUUAAUUAAUUGGCUGGGUUGCCUUUCAGCUUUUGGGGCUUUGUAGUUACAACAAAUUUUUUGAUAUAUUUACCAGUCGUAACAAUUUUUCUAGA